UUAAAGUACACAUGUCCACAUUAUAGUAUGUGAGGGAAAUCAUCAGUAAGUAGAUCUCAACUUUAUCAAAUCCGAGUGGUGAAGAUAAGAAGGCAUUGGGUAAGUAUAAAACUUAUGAUCUUAGAAUCUGAACCAUACCACAAUUUGCAAAAGUCAAGUGUAUUGCUAGAAUCCAGGUGUUUUAAUGAUCCUUAAUUAUAAGACAAGAAAUGCAGAUAAAUACUUUCGAAAUUGAUAUAUCUAAUCAAUUAAGUAUGUUUUGAUGUUGAUAAAUUAAUUUUAGGGUGAGAAAUUUAAUGAUUAAGAAUCUUUGAGUUUAUUUUUUGGAAUAACAAAAUUGUUUUCUUCAAACAAUGUGGAUUUGAGAAGAAUGAUUUAUUUGAUGAUUAAAGUAACUAUGGUUUGAUAAAAUUAUAGGAAUUCAAAGAUGAGAAUUCGAUGUAUGUAGUAAUUAGUUGUUUGGCCAAAGACAUUACAUCUAAGAAUGAUUUAUUUAGAAUAAAUGCUUUACGAACACUACCCUAUGUUCUUGAUUAAUCAAAUUUAGUAUAAUUGGACAGAUAUUUGAAAAAUGUAAGAAAUAUAAUUUUAUAUUAAUAAAGGCAAUUUUAGAGAAGAGUUAGCCAAUAUCAAGUGCAGCAUUGAUAGCUGGUUUAUAGAUAUUCAGAAUAAGUUCUGAUUUUAUAAGAAAGUGGACUAAUGAAGUAGCUGACAGACUGAAUUCUAAAUAUCCAUAAAAUAGUUUUCAUGCAUUAAUAUUACUUCAUGAAAUAAAAAGUAAUGACAAAGUUACUUUUACGAAAAUCUUAACUGGAUUGACUAAAGAGACUCUUGUUCCUAUUGCUAACAUGUAGGUAAUACGUUUCAUUAGAGAGAUACUCAAUAGUGAUGAAUUGGAUCAACAAUAUGAAAAAGUAAGUGUGAAUUAUUUAAUAUUUAGUUGUUCACUGAAUAUUUGUUAAGAUAAAUACUAAAAUCUUAAGAGAUUGUGAUUUUUGAAGCUUGUAAAGCAUUGUGUGAUUUGAAAUCCCUUUCAAAUAAGGAUCUUUAAUAAAUGGUUUCAGUAGUGACACUCUUCUUGUAAUCAAGUAAUGUGAUCAAUAAGUUUGUGGCUUUGAAAAUAUUAAACAGAUUGAUAUCGAAUCCAAUAAGAAGAUCUCUUAUUUAACCUUCAUAAAUAGAACCAUUAAUUUAAGAUUCAAAUAAAUCAUUGUCAUCUUUGGCAGUUUCAAUAUUAUUGAAGGUUUGUUAAGAGACAAAUAUUGAGAGACUCUUAAAUCAAAUUUAUGAAUAUUUAAAUGAUAUGAGUGAUGAAUUUAAAAUUGAUGUACUUAGAAGUGUUAAAGCGUUGGCAAAGAAUUCACCAACUAAAUGGAAACCUAUAAUUAAUUUCCUAUAAUAGACUUUUAAAUGUGAAGCCUCAUAAGAGUUUAAAAAGUAUUCAGUUGAAAUCUUUGAAUUUAUUAUUCAUGAGAUUCCUGAAGCAAGAGAAAGUGCAAUAAUGGCAUUAGCUGAUUACAUUGAGGAUUGUUAACAUAGUGCCUUAUAAUUAAGUGUGUUGAGUAUUUUGAAUAGAGAGGCUUCAAAAAAGUAAUGUCCUACAAGAGUGAUAAGGAUUGUAAACAAUAGACUUCAUCUUGAAGAUGCUGAAAUUAGAGCUGCAGCAGUAGGUGUACUUGGUAAAUUCCUACUUCACUAUCCUAAUGAAAAGGCUAAUUUACUUGAAUUACUUUAGGCAGCUGCUUAAGAUCCUGAUGAAGAAGUCAGAAAUCGUUCAAGAUUCUAUGUUAGUGAAUCAGCUGCACCAAAAGAAGAAAAUAAUCCAUUAUCAAUUGAAGAGUUAGAUGCUAUUGAAGCUUAUUUAUAAUAAAACAUUUAGGAAAUUCAAUAAUCAAAUGAAGAGGUAUUACAAUUAGAAAAGAUUAUGGCAUAUGCAGAAUAAAACAAAGGAAAAAUUAAAAAGACAGAAGUAUUAUAAGAAUUAGUUGAAGAAGAAUUAAUUUAAACUCAUGAAGCUGAAUCUGGAUUUGAAACUUAUAAGAAAUUAUUCAAGGAGAGUACAAUCUUUUGUGAUUAUGGUGUUUUAAGAAAAUCAUCAAGAGCUAUAAAUUUGACUGAUUCAAAAUGUGAAUAUUUAGUCACAGUAGUAAAACACUUUUUUGAUAAUCAUAUAAUUUUGGAAUAUAAAGUUAAGAACACUUUAGACAAUGUUACAUUGAAUGAUGUUUCUUUGGAAUUGACAAUAAAGAAUUAAAAUCUUUAAUUUGAGAGAAUUGUACCUGCUAAGUAAAUUCAACCAUAAUGUGCAUCUAAUAUAUUGGUGGGUUUACAAUUCAAUCCAAAUUUGAGAUUAGUUUCUUCUAACAUUUAAAGUAUAUUGACAUUUACUGUGAAUGAAAAUGGCACCAGUUAUUAGGAUGAAUAUUAAACUGAAGACUUUAUGAUUACAUAUAGUGACUUCUUCUUACCAAUACAAUGGUUUAAGUAAGAUUUAUGAGUUAAUUUAAUAUAGAAAAUUCCAGAGUGAAUGGGAAUCAUUAAAAUCAUAAGAGAUGUCAGCUACAUAUCAAUUAGAUUAUAAGAAUACAGAUAUAGCAAUAAAGGAAUUAGUAAAGCAUUUCGGUAUGAAUUUAGAAAUUAACAAAUUUUAGGAUUUUAAGUUUGCGAUAAUUCAGAUUAAAUAUAAACUCAAAAUAAGUUUCAUACUUUAUUACUGUCAGGGAAGUAUUUGGAUGCUAAGAAUGCAUUAGUGAUUUGUUAGAUUGGAUUUUAAUAAAAUAUAGGAUGUGUAUUGAAAAUAAAGAGUAAAUCUGAGGAUGAUAAUUUAAGUACAAACAUUGUUGAAACCCUUGGUUGA